AUGUCGGGGUCGGGGCCGGGAUCGGAGCCCGGGGCCGCGUCGGGGGCCGGGUCCGAGGCCGCGGGGGCCCUGGCGGCCGUGGCCGGCGCGAUGCCGCCCUGCAAGAGCGCCGAGUGGCUGCAGGAGGAGCUGGAGGCCCGCGGCGGCGCGUCGCUGCUGCUGCUCGACUGCCGGCCGCACGAGCUGUUCGAGUCGUCGCACAUCGAGACGGCCAUCAACCUGGCCAUCCCGGGCCUCAUGCUGCGCCGCCUGCGCAAGGGCAACCUGCCCAUCCGCUCCAUCAUCCCCAACCACGCCGACAAGGAGCGCUUCGCCACGCGCUGCAAGGCGGCCACCGUGCUGCUCUACGACGAGGCCACGGCCGAGUGGCAGCCGCAGCCCGAGCCCGCCUCGGUGCUCGGCCUGCUGCUGCAGAAGCUGCGCGACGACGGCUGCCAGGCCUACUACCUGCAAGGUGGUUUUAACAAGUUCCAGACAGAGUAUUCAGAGCACUGCGAGACCAAUGUGGACAGCUCCUCCUCGCCCAGUGGCUCACCACCCACCUCCGUGCUGGGCCUGGGGGGCCUCCGCAUCAGCUCCGACUGUUCUGACGGGGAAUCGGAUCGAGAGCUGCCCAGCAGCGCCACCGAGUCGGACGGCAGCCCUCUGCCCUCCAGCCAGCCGGCAUUCCCUGUACAGAUCCUGCCCUACCUCUACCUCGGCUGUGCCAAGGACUCCACCAACCUGGACGUGCUCGGCAAAUACGGCAUCAAGUACAUCCUCAACGUCACGCCCAACCUGCCCAACGCCUUCGAGCACGGCGGCGAAUUCACCUACAAGCAGAUCCCCAUCUCUGACCAUUGGAGCCAGAACCUCUCCCAGUUCUUCCCCGAGGCCAUCAGCUUCAUUGAUGAGGCCCGAUCCAAGAAGUGUGGCGUCCUGGUGCACUGCCUGGCAGGCAUCAGCCGCUCGGUGACGGUCACCGUGGCCUACCUGAUGCAGAAGAUGAACCUGUCGCUCAACGACGCCUAUGACUUUGUCAAGAGGAAAAAAUCCAACAUCUCGCCCAACUUCAACUUCAUGGGGCAGCUGCUGGACUUCGAGCGGACGCUGGGGCUCAGCAGCCCGUGUGACAACCACACUCCGAGCGAACAGCUGUACUUCUCCACGCCCACCAACCACAACCUGUUCCCCCUCAACACGCUUGAGUCCACGUGAGGCCUGGGACCCAGGGGCGCUCGGUGCCAGCCCCUCCCCAGCCCUUUCCAAGGGGCCAGGUAGACAAGUCCACAAUCACUCACUCGCCUCCCGAGAGAUGUGGAUGCUGCCUGGGCCAGGGUAUGGCGACAGCGACCGACUUCCUCCAACAUCUGGGAAGCCCAGCCCCGUGGCUCAGCUUCUCCCAUCAGCAAAACUUCCUGGAGGAGCCCCUGGCUCUCGAAUUUAUGGCUCGGGGAGUCCUUAUCCCAGGAGACUGUUGUUGACCCAGCCAAGUUUGGCUGUGGCUGUUUUUAAAGACACAUCCGUGGACUGAGUUUACUUUUUACUGUUGGCAGGUAAGCCCACGCUCCCCCGAGCACACAGAGUGUUCAAGCUUUCUUGAUUUUUAUUUUUAAUGAAAAGUGUUAUUUUCAGGCAACAUGCAACAGCAGAUUGUAUAAACCAGUAUUUCAUCCCUUUCUUGAUCUGCAAGAGAGAGAGAGAGAGAGAGACAGAGUGCGCAAGAGAGUUUUGUUUUUCUACUUCAAAGAGCAACGUUUGUUGUCGAUUUUCUUUUUUUAACAUGGAAAAGACAAGCCCCGUGUUGAUCUUGACCAAAUGCAUUUUGCACAUGUGUGAAGCCUCCGUUUCUGCAGUGGGCCUUGGAUGGGCCUGCCUGCUGCUCUCCAGGCAUCAAACCCACUCUCUGUACCUGCUGCAUCCCACCCAGCACUGCAGUGACUGGUGGGCUCUGCAGCCUCACUGGGACAGGAGCAGGGUGACAACGCACGCUGCCAUUGUCCGGCGCCAUCAGGGCCCCGGGACACUGCCAAGCAGUACCAUAAACCCUCCAGGAUCAACCCCUUGGGGGCCCUUUUCAAUACUACCCACUACUUACUUCAGUCUUGUUGAAUCUUUGUCUCUCACAGAUCGUGGGGCAAAACUGAGGGGCUGGGGGCCUGGCCCUGCCUCCCGCAUGUCCCUGUGGCCAUCACUUCAGUUCAGUUGUCACCCCCCUUCACCCCCAGUCCAUGGAAGCCUGUCUUCUCUCAUUGCUCACGCCUUCUGCUCCUUGAGGCUCAACCCUAUUUCAAUCCCAGGGCCAGGGUGGGUUAAGGAGAAGGUAGACAAGUGAAAGGGGUGUGAGACCCCUUCCACCCCAACCCUCACUGCCUGCGGUCCCAGAACCAAGCCACGGAUCCGUUACCCUCCUCCACUUCUGUUCCUCCUCCCACCUUGGUUCUCCCAGGUGCCGGGAAGUUUGGGGGGGCCUGGGAGGGGCGAGCAGUUGGGUCCCCAGGGGUGCAGCACUCGGUGCGUGAGCGAGGCCACGGAAACUGCCCCCACCUGCAUCUUACCUCACAGGGGUGGCUUUCAGGGAUUUUUAAGGCAUUGGAUUAAAAUCUUGCCGCAGUCAAGAAAUUUGACAAAAAAAGCUUCCAUGCUGUACAUGGUUCUCUUUCUCUUUUUUUUUUUUUUUUAACUUUUAACAAGAAAACGCUAGAAAGAUGCAUCAGAUUUGUAUAAAUGAGGGUAUGCCAAGGGGGUGGCCAGUUUUGCUUUAUGACUUAUGAAGGAAAAUUUGUGACCCUACAUAUAUAUAUAUAUACAUACAUACACACAUACAUAUAAAUAUAUAUAUAUAUAUAUCCCGAACCAGCAACGAACGGGACUUUGUUUAUAUUGCAAAUAAAUAUUAUUUUUUCUUUAA